AUGAAUGAUAAUGUCAACUAAAUUUCGUUAAUCGGUGCGAUUCUUACUUUGGGUGAUUCGUAAAAAUGUACCUGGAAGAAUUGCAUUGUUGAAGUCGUAAUGUCCCUCACCUAAAUGAGAUCCAAAUAACGGUCGCAACUGGAGGUUUUGCAAGUAAGUGCACUGAUGCAACGAUUUCAAUACUGUAGAGACAUGAUCACAAAGGAAGGAUUCGAGAAAUACAAUAAAUUUUGUGAAUUCUUGUACACCAUCUACUGUCGGACGGGAGAGAGAGUGAUUAGAAAAGGAUAGCAAGGAGUGCGGUUUUACAUGAUCUUGCAAGGAUAGGUUUCAUUGGUGAGCUACAAACCUAAGAGUCGCAAAGCCCAGAUAAUGAUGGAUCAAGAAAAAGAAACGAUCCCGAAUUAUGAGGAUGAUACUCUAUUUAGUGCUUUCAGUUUCAAGGACCUGAAUCCAGGGGAUCAUUUCGGUGAUAUGUCGUUGUUAGAUAAUGGACAAGUGUCAUGCACAAUCAUAUGUAAGACCUUUUGCUAAUUCGUCUGUAUGGAUAAGCAAUAGUUUGUGAAGUUUAUAGGGAAAUCAGUGCCAGUGUUGUAGAAACUCAAAAUACUAGAAGAAUAAUCGAUUUUUAAUUCUUGGACCGACGGAGAGUUGAGAGCCUUAAGUUAUGAAUUCAAGAACAGAACAUAUCAUUAGGAAGAGUUCCUCUAUUAGGAAGGCUAAAGGAAUGUUCAAGUGUUCUUAAUAAUGGAUGGACAAGUUGAGAUGACAUCAACUCGAGACAAUCAGACAUAUCAUCUUAGCUCUUUGGAUGUGGGUGCACUCUUUGGUGAUGAUGCUGACUAUCAUACAUGCAAUGCCAAAUGUGUAUCAGCCAGAGCAGAAGUACUUGUGAUUGGAAGACAAGUGUUAAGUCGGAUGUUGGAUUGGCAUCCAGAGUCCAAAUAAUUGUAUAGACAAUAAUUAUAACAAAAAGCCAAUUGGAGGUAGGAUAGAUUGAAUAAUCUCAUUGAAUGUCAUGAGGAGAAGACGAAAUGCAAGAGAACUCAAUCCAUCAAAAUGCAGUUGUUGGAUUUAUUGAUUAAGCCUAAGUAUUAGAAGAUUCGUCUCUCUCCAUGUGUUAAGAGAGUCACUAAUAUUCAAGACACUAUGGAUUUUGAAGAGAAGAAACUUAAACAUAAAGAAAUCUUGGAAAAAUAGAAUUUAGUCGUUUCUUAACGCAAAAUAGAAUUCUUCAAAUUAGGUCUGACAUUCACUGAAAAGAGAAGGAAAAAGCAGAAGUAAUAAUAAGAAGAAAUGAAACUAAAGAAACAAUGUGAGAGUGUUAUUAUUUCUGAACCUCCCCUCGAGAAACUCAAUAGGGCUUCCAGUACAAUAAUGACUAAAACAUCGCAAACCACUUUUAAAUUAUCUCCUGCCAAGAAGCUUAGAAAAGUGUUCUCAAUUGAAGGAACAUCCAUUAAUAUUCAUUAUAAAUAAUGA